UUACCAAUAAACAAAACUAAAAAGAAAGCACUUUAGAAAAGAGGUUUAACCUUGAAGCUUAUAACUUACCUGAAGUUACAAAAGAUGCUUUGUACGAAUUUCAACUUUCCCAACACUUUCUGCCUUUCUGUUCUUGCUAAUUGCUAUAAAAAAUAUAUCUCCAAUCCGAUCAUUUUUAAUGAACCUGCAAAUCAUUGCCAAAACCCCAGCAAUUUAAUCCAAGCAGUUGCCACUUUUUGGGGUUGUAAUUGUAAAUAUAUAGCAUGGGAGAUCUAACCAAAUGGGUGUCAAAUUCGAUAUCAGAAGCACUUGAAUUAUUACCUGCAGUUUCCUCAUAUUGCUGUAUCUAUAGAGUGCCUGAAAAUCUUCGCAAGGUAAACGAGGAUGCUUAUCGGCCUUUGCUUGUUUCGAUUGGUCCUUCCUACUACGGCGAUCCUAGGCUAGUUGCUAUGCACCAACAGAAAUUGAGGUACUUGCAAUCUUUUCUUCAACGAUACACUUGUUAUAACUUAGAUUACUAUGUCCAAGUUAUAAGAGAAUGGGAAGUGGUAGCUCGUCAAUGUUAUGUUGAGAGUCUUGAUACGACUAGGCUAACUAGUCCACAAUUCAUUGAAAUGCUUCUUGUUGAUGCUGCGUUCCUCAUUGAGCUCUUUUUGAGGAAUAAUUUCCAUGAAUUCAUCGAGGAAAACGACCGUAUUUUCAACAAGCCAAGGAUGAUGUUAGAAGUCACUCGUGAUAUUAGGCUCGAAGAAAACCAGCUUCCAUUUUUCAUUCUUAAAGGUCUUUAUGACCUAGUCAUUCAGCCUUCAUCCCAAAACAAGCAAGUUUCCUUCCUUGAUAUCACCUAUAAAUUUCUGACGGGAAAGAACGAAGCUGUUCCUGCUAGGAUAAUAGAUGCAGAUGUCAAACAUUUGGUUGAUAUCUUAAGGCUAUGUUACUUGCCUUGUUCUGUUAGGGGUCAACAUCCUAGGACCAAUCCAAAAUUCGAGUUUGCUUCAAGUGUAAGUGAGCUGAGUGAAGCUGGGGUCAAAUUUGUAGCAAGCCCAAGUGAGAAUUUGCUUGACAUAAGAUUCGUGAAAGGGGUUUUAGAGGUUCCGAGGUUUGUGGUGACAGAUGAUACAGAAUCAUUGUUCAGGAACAUUAUGGUGUUUGAGCAAUGCCAUUAUUACUUCGACUCUUAUAUCAUUGACUACUUUGCAUUCAUGGAUAGUUUGAUUAACACCCCUAAGGAUGUUGGCAUACUUGUCCAAAGUGGGGUGAUUGAAAACUGGCUGGGGAAUAAUGAAGAAGUGGCCAAUCUCUUCAGCAACAUCUUUAAGCAGACAAGACUAAAAGGUUCAGACUUUUAUUACUCGGGGAUUUGUAAGGAUCUGAAUGCAUAUGCUGGAACUCCUUGGAAUCGAUGGAAGGCCAUACUCAAACACGAUUAUUUUAACCAUCCAUGGGCAGCUAUUUCUGUAGUUUAUGCAAUUGUCAUGUUGAUUCUUACUGUCUUACAAGUUGUAACUGGCUUCAAAUAACUAGGUAGCUUGUCAAGUUGUGAUCAUUGCAAUUAAAAUAUUUGGAAUACUA